AAAUAUUAAGGGAUGGAGGAAAAAAUAUUUUUAGAAAAAUCAAGUUAAGGUUUUUACUCAAUUGAAAAUGUCGCGGAAUCAUUUAAGGUUUUUGGCGAAGACUGUCCUUGUACGCAACAAUGACAUUGAACCUGCCUACAGAGUUCUCGACAGGAUCCUUCGAAGUGAAAAUUUUUUCACAGAUGUGAAAAGAAAAGAACGGUAUGAAAAACCUUGCCAGCAGCGUCGACGUGUCAGCUACGAGCGCUGCAGAAGAAUUUACAACUCAGAAAUGCAAAGAAAAAUAGAGUUUGUAAUGAGGAAAAACAGAACAAACCCUUUUCCACGAUGACUGUUUGAUGAACAUACAGAUUUUUCCAGACUUCUGUAGCAGUAAAAGACAGAGAACCAGUUGCCCACUUUUACAGGCUUCUGUAGCAGUAAAGGCUAAGGAUCAAUUGUGUACUUUGUACCAACAGAUGAGGGACUUCACUAAUCUACAUCUCUGUAUACUUAUUUAAAAUGCUAGUUUCUUUGAAAUGCUCCUAAAAUAGCUAUUCCAUAACAUUUUUAAAUGCUUGUCAGGAUAUGUAAACCUGGCUUGAUCAAUCAAAAUCUCCUCCACUUAGUGUGAUGUUUAAUGUUUAAUAUCCUGUCUGUCAUCUUCAAUUUUGACAGCAUUGAAAGAUUGCUUUGUCUGAAAGAUUAGUGUAACGUUGAUGAGAAAUAUGUAUAUUCUUCUGUUUAUGGAAUUAAUAUCAAAUUUGGCAGACCCUUUACAGUCACUUUUCUGGCAUUAAAGAAGUUUUGAAUACAGAUUUUGUAUAUUGAAAUAA